AUGAAUUUUAAAUACAGUUUUAUUUUUUUAUUUUUUAUCCAACUUGCGAUAAGAUAUAAUAAUGCAAAAGUCACUGUAGACACGAUAUGUACAAAUGGAAAACUAAUUCAAAUGACUAGUCAUUUAGAAUGUAAAUGUAUUCCUGGAUAUGGAUUAAAAAAUGAAAACACUUGUGAGAAAAUUGUUAAGUGUGAUCAACUCGACAAUAUAAAUAAAGUAUGUGGUGAAUAUGCUAUAUGUGGAAACCAAGCAACUUUGGGUUUAGAAAAAGCUCUUGUAUGUUCAUGUGUAAAUGGAUAUUUAUUAUCACAAAAUAUAUGUAAACCAACAAAAUGUUUUAACUAUGAAUGUCCCUCUGGAAAAUGUAUACUUGAUCCUAAUAACCCUAACAAUCCAACAUGUUCAUGUGAUAUAGGAAAAAUUAUGCAGAAUGGUAAAUGUACAGGUGUAGGACAAGCCAAAUGUGCAUUGAAAUGUAAAGCUACAGAAGAAUGCAAGUUGGUUGGAACGUAUUAUGAAUGUAUUUCCAAAAACCCAGCACCAGGUACAGGCUCAGGUACAGGCUCAGGUACAGGUUCAGGUACAGGUAGUGGUACUGGAACACCAGCAAAUAGUAGUAUUAUGAACGGAAUGUCAAUAUUCAGCAUUAUUGCAUUACUUGUUAUUUAUAUAGCAGUAAUGUAA